AUAGUUCUAUUUGGGCCUUCCCCUCCUCCCAUUGGCCCUUCCCUCCCUGUAUCCCUGUGCCACUUUAGCAUUUUCUACAGUGCGCACCGUUUCUUAUCCUUCACCAUUCCUAUUCCUAUUCCUCUUUCUCUGCCACUCACCAACUUAACUCUCUACUCAACUCAUCACCCUGCAAUCCCCACACUCAUCAUAAAUUAACAAACAAACAACCCUUUUUCCUCGAUCUCACACAACGCGAUUCCCCUGCUUUAUGGAUUUCCCUCCUCCACGCCUUUUCUGAUUCUCAACUCACCAACCGCAAGCGGAUCUGUAAUCGGAAUACAGGAUCCUUUCAAUGGCUGGGACUAACGAACUCAACGCCAACGAUUCUAAGCUCUAAUAAAAUGAUAAUCACUCUCGUAUGGCUGAUUAUUCGUCAUCGCUUUGGUUCUUGAGUUGGACUUGUUUUGGUUUCGUGGAAGAAUGGUGGUUCCACUGAAUAUGUGGGUUCUGAUAUCAAAUUUCAAGUUGGCAUACAAUCUUCUUCGUCGUCCGGAUGGCACUUUCAACCGGGACUUAGCAGAGUUCCUUGAUCGGAAAGUUCCGGCGAAUGCGAACCCCGUGGAUGGAGUGUUCUCUUUUGAUGUCAUUGUUGACCGUGAAACCAAUCUCCUGACGCGAAUUUAUCGUCCUGCUGAGGGAGAAGAGCGUCCAGUGAGCAUUCUUGAGCUUGAGAAACCUGUGAGCUCUGAGGUUGUUCCUGUCAUAAUAUUCUUCCACGGUGGAAGUUUUGCUCAUUCUUCGGCCAAUAGUGCCAUAUACGAUACGCUAUGCCGUCGUCUGGUGGGUAUCUGUAAGGCCGUUGUGGUGUCUGUGAACUAUAGGCGUGCACCUGAGAACAGGUAUCCCUGUGCUUACGAUGAUGGGUGGACAGCUGUUAAGUGGGUUAGCUCUAGAUCUUGGCUUCAGAGUAGGAAAGAUAAGAAAGUUCAUAUCUACAUGGCUGGGGAUAGCUCGGGUGGGAACAUUGUGCACCAUGUUGCCCUCAAAGCUGUGGAGUCCGGAAUUGAAGUGUUUGGGAAUGUUCUGCUCAACCCAUUGUUUGGUGGGCAGGAAAGAACCGAGUCGGAGAAGCGUUUAGAUGGGAGAUAUUUUGUAAGAGUGAAGGAUCGAGACUGGUAUUGGAGGGCUUUUCUUCCUGAAGGGGAAGAUAGAGACCAUCCUGCAUGUAACCCUUUUGGGCCAAAGGGGCAAAGCCUCGAAGGGACUGUCUUUCCCAAGAGCCUUGUAGUGGUUGCUGGUUUAGACCUUGUUCAGGACUGGCAACUGGGUUAUGCCAAAGGACUUGAGAAGGCUGGCCAGGAAGUGAAAUUGCUAUUCCUGGAGCAAGCAACCAUUGGGUUUUACUUGCUGCUAAAUAAUGAGCACUUCUCUCCUGUUAUGGACGAGAUAAAAUAUUUUGUCAGCCCUGACUGUUGAUAGGCUUAACUUUUGCUAUAAUACAUUAGUGGACGUUAGAAGAUUGUGUAGAAAAUAGGUAUGCUACUAAACUUUUUUUCUUUUUACCUUUUGGGUUCUUUACUGUAGGACUCUGCUCCCGUGAUUAGGUACUUGUAUGCUACUAAAUGUGUGGUGAGAUGGGUGUAAUCAGCAUAUAGCUGUGAUGUUUUUCCGAAGCACAUAAUCAGGAAAUUGGGUGCUGCGGAUAGGUGAAAGGGUUUUAGGAGAAGGGGAGCUCUGGCCAUGUUUAUGGGAACCACUAAAGUUGUGAUUACCCACUCUGACUUCCAGCCAAAAAGGAGAGGAAGGCGUGUUAUUCUAUUUCCGGGCGUGACCUUGAUGCCAAUCGGUGGGGCUUGUCGUUGUCUGGCAAGUGUUAUAUAUAACUAAUUUUGGAACUCGGAUAGGAAAAUAUGAAUGAUAUGUUGGUGCUGUUAGGUUAUUUGCAUCUAUGCUAUCUUCAUAUGAGUGUUUGUUUCAAGACUGUUCACUUUUUCUCUAUAUAGCUAAUUUUACAUUCCUAUGUCUUUGGGUUGUCCUUGUUUGACCAUGGACACUCCUUGCAAAUGUAAAUGGAUGUCUUUUCGACGCAAUGUUAGGGCUUGUAUUAUGUUUGCUUCUGUAUAUAUAGACAUUUUUCAGUUUUUUUUUUA